AUGUUCAGUGUUCGUGUUGCAUUCUUAUGCAUAUUUUGUUUUAAUAUCUUUGUUAUCUCCAAGGUACACGGGUCGUACAAGUUCAAUUCCCUCGCGUGCGAAGUUAUGGCUCCGGAAUUGGGAAAAAUGAAGCUGUGCGAAAUUAAGGCUAUUGAUCGAAAGCACAACAUGAUCAACCUUUCAGCCUUUUUAAAUAAAACCAUAUCAGAGGUUGAGAUCCAUUUCAAAAUGGUUAAACGCGAGCGUGGCGGCUGGCAUCCCUUUUUUUACGACAUACGAAUAGACGUGUGCCAAUUCUUUAAGAAUCGAAGGGGGUUCUUCAUUUCCAAUUUAAUAUAUUCGUUUAUAAAGCCAUAUACAAAUGUUAAUCACACCUGCCCAUAUAUGGAGGGCACAGAGAUGCGACUGUGGAAUUGGUCUCCUGAUGAAGAUGCGGUCUUAGCGAAAUUCCCAGUAGACCAUGGUACAUAUGGCCUACAAACAACUUGGUAUGUCAAAAAAGAGGCGGCAUUAAAAGUAAAUGGAUCUGUAAUAUUUUUUAGGUAA